AUGAGCCUAGCUUAUUUCGCUCAAUCCAUUCGAAUGCACACCGAGGAAAUCCUUCAUACCCGUCGUUCCUACAUCGAUUUCUCCUCGGACUCUUUAUUGGGAUCCCAUUCGUCAUCUCGUCAUCUAGAUCAUCCACUAUAUACUACUGACUCAGUUCCAACCCGGAACAGGGAUCCUGAAAGAAGUACAAUUGAAAAAGAAAAAAAGCGAAAUCCUGUUGAAGACAAGUUUUUAUGCCACUUUUAUCAAACUGCCACCUUAACUAUAAAAGCCGUCACAUCAAAAUCGUACGGAUUCACGAAUUUGGAAAUAACUACUAUUGAAAUGAGAUGGCAAUAA